GCACGUUACGUGUUUGGGAUUUAGAAGCUUCCUGGUUUUAUUUAGUCGCUGCUGCUUUUCCUUGAUGGGGGGUAGAAUUUAAAGGUUAAAGGAGUAUCGUUAUUGAUAUAAUUUUUCAUCGUAACGAACUACAUACAUGUAGUUUAGGGCGCCGGUGUUUCACCGAUCGCAGCCUCUCGUCCUCGUAAUUCUUCUCUCCGGGUUUCUGUGUUGGUGGUGCAGCGAAACGGGAUAUUAGCCAUGAUGGCGUCUAGCUAUAACGCAAAGGAGGAAGACGGUCACCACUCCGGGGCCUCCGGGCCUGGCGGCGGUGGGGCUAUCAAGAGCAAGAAGCCGGACAACACAGCCUUCAAACAGCAAAGGCUGCCCGCUUGGCAGCCCAUCCUCACCGCGGGCACGGUGCUGCCCGCUUUCUUCGUCAUUGGUCUCAUCUUCAUCCCCAUCGGCAUCGGGCUCUUCGUCACUUCGAACAACAUCAAAGAAUUCGAGAUUGAUUACACUGGCAUUGACAUGUCUAGUCCCUGCUUCAACUGUUCUCAGACGUACAGCUGGAACAGCACAAAGCCUUGUAUGUGCUCUGUCCCUUUUACACUGGACCAGCCCUUUGAGAGCAAUGUCUUCAUGUACUACGGGCUUUCCAACUUCUACCAGAAUCACAGGCGGUAUGUGAAAUCGAGAGAUGACAGCCAGCUGAACGGUGACAAAUCCUCGCUGACGAACCCCAGCAAGGAAUGUGAACCGUACCGCGUGAAUGAAGACAAGCCCAUUGCCCCCUGUGGUGCUAUUGCCAACAGCCUGUUUAAUGACACCUUGGAAUUAUUUUACAACAACCCCAAUGGCAGCUUAACCCCUAUUGACCUGUCCAAGAAGGGGAUUGCCUGGUGGACAGACAAGAAUGUGAAAUUUAGAAACCCGGGUGGAUCAAACUCUAACCUGACUGCGGUUUUCCAAGGUACUGCGAAGCCUGUGAACUGGCGCAAGCCGGUCUACGAGCUCGACAGUGACCCGGACAACAACGGUUUCAUCAAUGAAGACUUCAUAGUGUGGAUGCGCACUGCAGCCCUGCCGACAUUCCGCAAACUGUACCGCAUAAUCGAGAAGAAGAACAACCUGAUUCCCACUCUGCCUAGAGGCAACUACACCUUAAGGGUCACCUACAACUACCCUGUGCGCAGUUUUGAAGGCCACAAGCGAAUGAUCCUGAGUACCAUCUCCUGGAUGGGAGGAAAGAACCCAUUUUUGGGCAUUGCCUACAUCACUGUGGGCUCUGUCUGCUUUUUCCUGGGUGUUGUUCUGCUGAUAAUACACCACAAAUAUGGAAAUCGCAAUAACAGUGCCGACAUUCCCAACUAAGCCUGCUGAGGAACGUACUGUGCAUGCGCGGUCCAGUUUGGACCACUAGCUAAUAAAGUUUAAAAGCACUGGUUUUCCUUAACGGCGUCUGUCUUUUUGAUACACUUGUGUAUUUUAUGUAUAGAGGUGGACCACUAUGUUUUCAGCAAAUGAUGGGAAAAUACCAGAAAAGAUAGUCCUUUGAUGAAUUUAAAAUAUUUAAAAGCUGUUUAUUCUUUAACUUUCUUACAAAAAAAGUCUGUUCUGUCUUUCCUUGGUUUCAUUGAAACAGCAUGGGAAUCUUCUGAAAGCGAUGGUCCGUCUCUAUUGAUAAAACUAUUCAGAAAAUACAUUUGCGAAAGAUGCAGAAUUUAAGCUGACUUUAUACUGAAUUAAAGCAAUGCUUCCAAUAUCCAGUCCUGGGGCCCAUACACCUGCUGUUAAUUGUUCCAGCCCAACUCUCACUUAUACAAUUGAACCCUAAAUGAAUGGACUGAAUAACAGGACUCAUUUGAAGUCUUUUGAUUGUUUUCAGGUGUUGCGUAUGCUGGAGGCUGUCUUUUAACUCUUGUUUCGUAAGUAACUUGAAAUUCCAGACUUUGAGUAGAAAACCAAAGUUGAAAAUAAUUUAAAGAAGCAACUUAAUUUAAGCUAAGUAAUUCAGUUUUAAUUUAAUUUAAGUAAUUCAAUUUAGCUGGAAUAAAAAUGGGCAGGUUUGUGGACCUCAAAGACCAGGAUUGGGAACCUCUCCAUUAAAGAAUAUGGCUGUUAAUGUUUCUAAACAUGAAUUUAAAAACAUUCCCGCUGAUUUGGCAUGUUCUUUGCUGGGUGAAUGUACUACUCUGAUUUAUUUAUUUUGUUAUUUUUUACCUCAGAGGCCAGUUAUUAUGGGCUUUGCUGUGAAUCGCACCAAAAUGUAAUGACGUCUUGUUCCAUUUCAUUUUGAGUUGAUGUGUUACAAGUCCAUAGUGAUGGCAACAACCAGAAUUUGUAAUUUUUUUAAAUACUGUCUAGUCAGUUUUAAGAUACAUGUUCUGUUUUCUGUAAAGAACAGAGUGUCCUUUUUCUAAGUUAUAGUAUGCCUGGGAAAAUGUUGUGACUUUAUCAUGUAUGAAGAGAGCACCUUGAAAUGUACUGCUUAAUGUGUUAAUUGAAAAUUAGGAAUUUUAAAAUAAAUGUUAUUGGAAGUAUGUCACCUGUUAAGUCAAGAUGAAUACAUUUGAAAUUACUUUGAAAAUUAAAUUAGACAAUUUACACCUCUUCUCCCAAUAUGGCACUACCCUGCAAAUUCACAACAUUCACCAAAUAACUUGCACUUUACGGUUGCGGUUGACAUUUUAUUAUGUACAAUAUCUUCUUUUAAAAAUAAAUGUGUUUUCUUUGGCCUGUAUAAUUGUUGGUUUUGGAUUUUGUAAAGAAGAUUUUGUCCUGAAGAAUUUUUUAUCGGUCACCAGUGAAUGGAAAAUAAAUGUGGAAAACUGCU